AGUCUCCUCCUGCCUCUCUUCAUUUUUUCCUCCUUCAUUCCUCUCUCAGUCACCUUGUAACCAUGUGAACCCUCUUUUACUUACUGCUGGGAUGAAGCAGCAGAGGAAGACUGCGCAGUUGCUGAGAGAAAGAAAGAGGAAAGAAGGAAAGGGUGGAUAGAGCAGGACAUAGUCAAGAAAGAGAAGACGGGAACGGGGGAAGCUAAGAAAACAGCAGAGAGAGAGACGGAGAGGAGGGGGUUGGUGGAUGUAGCUCUAGCUGUGGGCCGGGGGGUGAGCUACUUAACCCGGGCUGCUCCGCCGAAACAUCCAUGGGUGGCUGUGUCGGGAGCCACCACGACUCUUCGGGCAGCUUAAACGAGAACUCGGACGGCACUGGAGUGGCUCUGGGCCGUAACCAGCCCCUGAAGAGAGAGCGACCUAAAUGGAAAAGCGACUACCCGAUGACAGAGGGCCAGCUGCGCAGCAAGAGAGAUGAGUUCUGGGAUACGGCGCCAGCCUUUGAGGGCCGGAAGGAGAUCUGGGAUGCACUGCGUGCCGCCGCCAGCGCCUUCGAGAGCAACGACCACCUAUUGGCACAAGCCAUCCUCGAUGGGGCCAGCAUCACACUGCCGCAUGGCGCUCUGACCGAAUGUUAUGAUGAGCUGGGGAAUCGUUACCAGCUGCCCGUGUACUGCCUCUCUCCUCCUAUCAACAUGAUCGAAGAGCGCUCCGACGAGCCCGACGGAUCGGAUCCAGACUCCAUGACUGCAGACCCAUCCACAGGCAGCGGCAGCGACCCCAUUCCGGGGGGUGAGUGCCAGCUUCGGCUCCGGCUCUCCACGGGACGCGAUCUGCGGCUGGCGGUCCGUUCCACCGACACGGUGGGCAUGAUGAAGCGGCGUUUGCAAAGUCAGGAGGGUGUGCCUGCCGCAACCCAGCGCUGGUUUUUCUCAGGUCGGCCGCUCACAGACAGGCUACGCUUGGACCAGCUCAACAUCUCCAAGGACUACGUAGUUCAGGUGAUCCUAAGCCAGCGCCCUCCACCAGGGCCUGUGACACCACCCGGACACACAGCGGAGGCCUCUAUGCCAGCGGUAGUGGAAGGAGUGUCUGCUCAGCCUCAAGAGCCCACGCCAGUGGAGAAUUAAUUGAAGCCAGGCCCUGGUAGUGUAAACCAAGGAGGAUGACGAGGGACAAAGCUGAAUUAAAGGCAGUUUUUCUCCUCUUCUGUGCUCUUCAGUUGUUUUCGCUGAGAAGGGCUAUGUCCAGGCAGAGAGCAUAAAGACUCUUCUAUGGAGAAAAGACUCCUUAUUUUGGUUUAACACAUUGAAAUGUUGACCUUUUUUGAAGUCUUUUUAACUGUUCCUAUGGAAACCAAACUACAAAACAAGAACUUUGUGAGCUGGUUAAAGGGUUUGCUUUGCAGCUGAGAGGUCUGCUCACAAAGGGUCAGUGACAUGAACUCUGUUCUUCAGGUUACAGUGUUAGAACCUUUCCCAGAACUUAUCUCUUUAGUUCAGACAGCUAAGACAAAAGGAGACAAUUCAACAAUCAAAAGUUUUUUAAGCAUUUUAGCAACUAAUGGGGGUUACAUCUAAUCAUUUCAGCCAGGGUACAUGAUAAAAGUUUAGGAUCUUACAUUUGCUCAGAUAUUUUGUCUUUUUAUAUUGUAUUAAGCUAGCAGUCUGGAACUAUGGCUGGGCUGCUGCUGGAUUCCAUACUUCACUCUGAUUCACUGAACAAUCAAAUUAAUCAUUUAAAAAACCGUAAGUUGUUUCAUCUUUGGCUGUAAGUGUGUGUGUGUGUAAGAGAGAGAGAGAGAGCUCACACAACCAGGCAACAAACCACACCUAUUCACGAGGAAAUGGAUGAACCUCAUAAACACAGUCGCAUAUUUUGAAUAAAAAGAGAAUCUUUUUAAUAAAGAUUUGUCCGGUGUUUAUAUUC